AUGAGAGUGUUAAUACUGCUAGGAGUGCUAUGUGUAGCCGUGGCAUGCUCCGCUCACGAAGCGGAGGACCAGGCCGUGGCCGCCAGCAAACAUGAACAUGGGGGAGGCCAUCACCACCACGAACAUCAUCAUCACGAACACGGCGGUAAGGGACAUAAGGGCCACAAAGGACAUCACCACCACCACAAAGGUGAUGAGGGACAUCAUGGCAAACACCACCAUGAAGGACACCACCAUGAGCAUGGCGGUGGUCACAAGAAACACUGGGAUGAACAUGACCACCAUGGCGAACAUCACGAACAUGGUCACCACCACAAAGGCGAAAAACAUGGCCACCAUGAGCAUCAUGAUAAAGGUGAACAUGUCGACGGGUACCACAAGAAACAUCACAAGGACCACUUCCACAAGGAUCAUCACUUCCACGAUGGCCAUCAUCAUGAAGGUAAGCACCAUAAGCACGGACAUCACCAUGGACACCACGAAAAGCACGGAGGACACCACAAGAAGGGUGGGCACCAUCAUUCCGGACACCAUGAAGGUCACCAUGGUAAACAUGGACACCAUGACAAGCAUCACUAUGACGAAGACCAUCACGGCCAUAAGGGUCAUCACGGGCACGACGAACACCACCACCAUCAUCAUGAUCAUGGCAAGAAGGGUGGCCAUGAAGACCACAAGCACUGGGGAUUCCAUCAUGGAAAGCAUUAA